GGCGUUAUCUAUAGGUAAAUCAGUUAGUGUUAACAUGGUAACUGUAGCUUCUUUUACUACCAGGAAGAUGGAAAUAUCUUAAAGCACGUGAAUUAAUAUUUGCACACAAGAGAAGGAUGUGUCGGACUUUCGUCUAAUGAAAAUAAGUAAAACUUAUCAAUAACACUGCUCAAAACCUUCAUUUUUGAAACAAACAAAAAACAAAACAUAUCAUCAAAUCAUUAACACCUCAACGGAAUUUAUUGUUUUAGAUCACAGAAAAUGAAUAUGUUUUUGUUAGGAAUUGUAAUGAUUAUGACGUGUAACUGUCACAUACCUGGAGGUAAGAGUGAAGAGUCUAGCCAGGAGCCAAGAUGUUACUCCAGAUUUGAUUAUGAUUACAAGCUACUGGAAAAACUGACAAAGCUGGAAGAGAGACAAGAAACGAUGGAAGAUCUGUUGAACAGCCAGAGUGACCUUAUAAACGAACUGAAAGAGAAACUUAGAGUAUCCAUGUUGCCCCACUGGGGAGACUGGAGCGCCUGGAGUGACUGCUAUAUGAACUGUACGGGAAAAACCGGAGGACGUGUACAGACUAGAUCAAGGGAAACCAUUGCACAUUCUCCAACGAAAGGACCACAGCAAGAGGCGGAAGAACGACCAUGUAAUGCCGUACAAUUUGCAGGCUGUAUCAAAAGCUAUGGAACGGAUGAUAAUUUUGGCGUGACCUAUGACUUUGCUGAUCAGAUUGCGGUAUCUACUUGCACAACGCUUCUGUCGGGAAUUAACUACGUGUAUGCAAUUAGACGAAAAUGCUCUGCUCUUUCUGUCUCGUGUGUAGAAACGUGCAAACAUGUUGGAAAAACAUGUUUCAAUUCGCUACAUGUUCAUCGGGGUUCCACGAUCUUGCCGAGGGAUAAAGAUGGCGCUCUGGGAUUGUAUUUGUACAAGUACAACAGCUGUUCAAGGAAUUACUGCGGUCCUAACUUCUGCUGCUGUCACGAUUAGUAUGAUGUUGUCCUGUGUAGAUACUGACUGUAAAUAAACAUACACGCUGGACACUGCGGAAAUAUUUUACUAUUGUACACACUGUUUGUGUAUGUGAGCUAAAUAGAUAUUAUACAAAAUGCUUGUUUCAUUCUUGAUAAUCUCGAAUAACUUACAGACAAAACAGUAUGAUAACUAAUGUCAGGUUGAUUAUUUGGAGUAUUGCCUUGCGACGGUCAGUAACGUUACCUUUGUAAAGGGAACUAGAGCUUAAAACCUGACAUGCCGGCCUCACAGGUAUCCUAAAUGUAACGUGGAAAUCGAAACAAAACAUUAAGCAUUUUCGCAUGCAAGAUAUGUGUUGGUUCAGUCUGCGAGCUUUUUUUGAUGUAAUAUUUGUUGUAAAUUAGUGAAAUUUUAAAAACUUUUUCGGAUCUCUUGAUAGAUCAAACCUUUAACGCCUGUCAUCUAAUUUUAUUUUUAAAGUUGGUAAGCCGAUCUUUAACUUUACAACUGUUUUUUUAUUUUGUAAACUCCUAUUGUUAUGACUACGUUUGAAGCUUUAAUAUACAAAAAGUAAUACAGAGUUUGCAAAUUCUCAUAAUUUCGGAUUGCGAACUAGGGUAUGAAAGUAACAGGCGAGGAUUAGAUCAAACCUUUGUCGCCUGUCAUCUAAUUUUAUUUUUAAAGUUGGUAAGCCGAUAUUUAACUUUACAACUGUUUAUUUAUUUUGUAAAAUCCUAUUGUUAUGUUACGUUUGAAGCUUUAAUAUACAAAAAGUAAUAUAGAGUUUAAAUAUUCUGGGAACUAGGGUAUGAAAGUAGCAGGAGAGGAUUAGAUUGACAGAAUGGAUGCGAAUGUGACUUUUUCCAAGGGUGUUAAUAAAAUGUACAACACCCCUCACGCCCCCUAGCAACAGCUUAAACGGAGCUCUAUUAUACAAAUAUUAAAUGAACUUGUACGGCUAAAUUGUAUGUAAAGUGUAAUCAUAAAUGUUCUAAACUUGGGCACAUUACACGUUUAUUGAAAAAAAGAAUAAAGUCCUACUCGAACGCUUAUUCGUGCAAGUACCACCUCUCUGAUCUAAAAUUACUUACACAAGAAAUACAUACAAGUCCACCUUGUCGACUCCAUGGAAUUGAUAUUGCAGGGCUAUAUUUGCACGGACGUGAUCGAAUAUAUUGUCAAUGAGUCAAACAACUUAAAUAUAUAGGACGUUUUUAUAUAAUGUAUAAUUAUCAUUCAUUUACAUUAUUUAUGAUGUGACGUUAUUUCUGAUUAUGUGAAAUAGCAUUAUUGAUUUCAUGCAGUUUCAGUACUAAGAUAUUGAACUCAUUCAUUAAAGGUGACAAAAUUUAAGUACAUUUGAACUGUUCAGUAAUAAAACUACGUUAAUAACAUAUGAGCCCGACGUGCGAUUUUGGGUCUUUGAACAAAAUGUUGACAUUUGAAGCUUUUACUGAAUCUGUAUAAUAAGUCUUAACUUAGAUCAAUAGUCAUUGUUUCAUGAAUUUUGAUCCGUUAUUAAUAGAUAUAUAGAUCUAUAGAGAUUUUCGUUGCAACCCGUUUCUGAAAUCUGAAAAUGUUUGACGUUGUUUUGCGCCUGUAAUGAACGUUGUUCUUAAUUUUAAGAUGUUAAAUUAUGACAAAAAGAUUGUAUACUUACAUAGCAUAACCAUAAUAGAUAUCAGAUAUAUAAUUUGAUUUAAUGUUUGAUAUAACUGCAACUUCUAAAUUUAAUUGUUUAAAAACAAACUUGUGAUACAUGUACCUUUCGACAGUCCAACAGGCCAUCCUUAAAAUGUGUAUUUUUGCCACUUCUGACCAAGUAUUUCGAGGUAAUUAAAAAUCUACAGUUUUUUAGAACAUCAAACUACAACACAGUGUAACUUCCUUGAUAGACAAUAUUUCGCACGGAUGUAGAUGCUUUAACAAGCGUUGCCAAGCGUAUCGCCAUUUUUCGGGCACAUGUUUUUGCAUUUCUCCGAAUACGCACAAGGACUGUCCACAAUUCAUAUAUAUUUACACGGUUGUAGGCCUAAUCUUUCGACCUAAUCUUUAGACUGACAAGUGUGCGGGACUAUAACGUUUUCUAUGAGACAUAUAAUUCAAAUCGCAUUAAGUAACAUUUAACUUCUAUGCACACGAAGAUGAAACAUCUAAAACAUCUGAUAUUUUUUAUUAAUUCAUGAAGUAAGAUUUAUAUUAAAAUACUGCAUUCAGUUGAAGGGCGUUACUGUAAACUAAUUACAUGUACAACAUUAGGUUUCUACAAAACAUAUACUUUGUAAAACAUACAGAAAAAUAACCUGACAGUUAUGUUCAGUCAUCGGGCGCUUAUUAUCCCAAACUGAAAAAUAUGUCUUCUGACGCUGAAAAAAAAAACUGAUAUUAUUUGACAUGAUUUAAUAACAAUUAACCGGGUUCGAACCCUUUUGUUUAGUUUGCCUUGUUGGUUUACGAUGCUCUGCUCAUCGAUGCAUACACAUCUGAAGGAUUCAUUUUUGACUGCGUUCAUGAAACGUUAUUAUUCCUGUGUAUAUUUGUCUUUGCUUUUCAGUACAAAUUCCCUACUAAUUGUAAACGGUACUUGAAUGAAGAAGUUUGUAAAACAAAAUAACAUGUUCUUUGUUCUGUUUUCGUUUUACCAAUAAAUCAAAGUUACUUUUA